UGUAGAGAUGUGAUUGUGAAUGCGGCGUGUAGAGUCGACAGGACUCUACUGUAUUAGUUAGUCAUCACUGGAGAGAUUUAGCUAGCUACACAUACGGGGAUUGCUAAACCUGAAUCAUGCACAUCGUCAUUACAUCUAACUGGGAGUGGAGCAGAAAUUGUGCAAGAUAUGGAUAGGAGUUAUCUUUGGUUCUAGAGAUUGCGCGGUUGUUGCUCCGAGUCAAGUUUCCAGCAAGUCCCAUAUUCCAUAAUGCUUCACGAGGACUCGACUCAUUGGAACCAUGUGCACAUUUCCUCACGUGUGUUUCAUGUUGAAGCCGUGAGACUGGGAUGAAACGGGAAAAUUAGCAAACAACAAGCAUCGGUGCAGAUAUAUAUUUUUGGGGUGGGGGGGUCGUAGACUUUCUGUGAUUUCUGAAGUCGAGGAGGAAGGUGUGGACGGUAGUUGUGAUCCAGCUCAAAUAAAUCAGAAACAUGGGGAACGCAGGGAGUAUGGACCAACAAACUGAUUUCAGGGGACACAACAUGCCUUUGAAACUGCCCAUGCCGGAGCCAGGUGAAUUGGAGGAGAGAUUCGCAAUCGUUUUGAAUUCGAUGAACCUUCCUCCAGACAAAGCGAGACUACUGCGGCAGUAUGACAACGAGAAGAAGUGGGAGCUCAUCUGUGACCAGGAACGAUUCCAAGUGAAGAACCCACCUCACACAUACAUCCAGAAGCUGAGGGGUUAUCUGGACCCAGCGGUCACCAGGAAGAAAUUCAGACGGAGAGUGCAGGAGUCCACCCAAGUCCUGAGAGAACUGGAAAUUUCGUUGAGGACAAAUCACAUAGGGUGGGUGAGAGAAUUCCUCAACGACGAAAACAAAGGCCUGGAUGUGUUGGUGGAGUAUCUUUCUUUUGCGCAGUACGCUGUCACGUUUGAUGGCGACAGCGCGGAGAACAACCCGGAGAAGUCGGUGGACAAGCCCUGGAGCAGAUCCAUAGAGGACCUGCACGGGGGGAGUAACUUCCCGUCCCCCGUCAACGGGAACAGCAUCUCCCGCGCCGGGCGACACUCCACGCUACGUUGCAACACGUUGCCGAGCCGGAGAACUCUGAAGAACUCCCGGCUGGUCUGUAAGAAGGACGACGUUCACGUCUGCAUCAUGUGCCUGCGAGCCAUCAUGAACUACCAGUACGGCUUCAACAUGGUGAUGUCCCACCCGCAUGCUGUGAAUGAAAUUGCACUAAGUCUCAACAAUAAGAAUCCCAGAACCAAAGCUCUCGUGUUGGAGUUACUGGCCGCCGUGUGUCUCGUCAGGGGAGGACACGAAAUCAUCCUCUCUGCGUUCGACAACUUCAAGGAGGUGUGUGCUGAGACACAGAGGUUCGAGAAGCUAAUGGAACACUUCAAGGACAUGGACAACAACAUUGACUUUAUGGUGGCGUGUAUGCAGUUCAUCAACAUCGUGGUCCACUCAGUAGAGGACAUGAACUUCAGGGUUCACCUGCAGUACAACUUCACCAAGCUCUGUCUGGACGACUACCUGGAUAAGCUGAAGCACACGGAGAGUGACAAGCUGCAGGUGCAGAUCCAAGCCUACCUGGACAACGUGUUUGACGUGGGCGCCCUGCUGGAGGACGCCGAGACCAAGAACGCCGCGCUGGAGCGGGUGGAGGAGCUGGAGGAGAACAUGUCACAUAUGACGGAGAAGCUGCAGGACACGGAGAACGAGGCCAUGUCCAAGAUCGUGGAGCUGGAGAAGCAGCUGAUGACGCGCAACAAGGAGCUCGACGCCGUCCGGGAGGUGUACAAGGACGCCAACUCGCAGGUGCACACGCUGCGGCGGAUGGUGAAGGAGAAGGACGAGGCCAUCCAGAGGCAGUGCAACCUGGAGAAGAAGAUCCACGAGCUGGAGAAGCAGGGCACCAUGACGGUCCAGAAGAAGGGCGACGGGGACAUCUCCAUCCUGACCUCGCCGCCCGCCCCCGGGGGCCCGCUGGUGGCUGGAUUUGAGGGUGUACCAGGGGGCUAUAACGGGGGUGCGGUCAGCCCGAUGGGCUCGAAUGGGAUCCCGGGGAUGCCCGCGCCGCCCCCUCCUCCUCCCCCACCACCUGUGCCUGUGCCAAAUGGGCCAUUGGCUGGCCUCGCCGCUCCUCCCCCUCCCCCGCCGCCCCCGCCUCCCCCUGGCCCUAUGGCGGUGUCUGCCCCCCCGCCCCCUCCUCCACCCCCCAUGGCCCCACCGCUGCCCGGCUGUGGAUCCCCCACUGUCAUCUUCAACUCGGGGUUAGCAGCCGUGAAGAUUAAGAAGCCCAUCAAGACCAAGUUCCGUUUGCCGGUGUUCAACUGGGUGGCACUGAAGCCCAACCAAAUCAACGGCACCGUGUUCAACGAGAUCGACGACGAGAGGAUACUGGAGGACCUGAACGUGGAUGAGUUUGAGGAGAUGUUCAAGACGAAAGCCCAGGGCCCGGCCAUCGACUUGGCCGUGAGCAAGACCAAGAUCAUCCAGAAGGGUCCCAACAAGGUGGCGCUGCUGGACGCCAACCGGGCCAAGAACAUGGCCAUCACCCUGAGGAAAGUGGGCAAGGCCCCCGAGGAGAUCUGCAAGGCCAUUCAGCUGUUUGACCUGCGCACCCUGUCGGUGGACUACGUGGAGUGUCUGAUGCGUUUCCUGCCCACGGAGAACGAGGUGAAGAUCAUGCGUCAGUACGAGAAGGAGCGGAAGCCCGUGGAGGCUCUGACGGACGAGGACCGCUUCAUGAUGCACUUCAGCAAGAUCGAGCGGCUCAUGCAGAAGAUGACCAUCAUGGCCUUCAUAGGCAACUUCUGCGAGAGCGUUCAGAUGCUGACACCGCAACUUCAUGCGAUCAUCGCAGCAUCUGUGUCAAUAAAAUCCUCACAGAAACUCAAGAAAAUUCUAGAGAUUAUCUUGGCUCUCGGAAACUACAUGAACAGCAGUAAAAGGGGAGCGGUAUACGGUUUUAAACUACAAAGUUUAGAUUUGCUACUAGACACCAAGUCGACAGACCGGAAAAUGACACUGCUGCACUACAUAGCCACCGUGGUGAAGGAGAAAUACCAGCAGGUCAAUCUGUUCUACAACGAACUGCAUUACGUGGAGAAGGCCGCAGCAGUGUCGUUAGAGAACGUUCUGCUGGAUGUGAAGGAGCUCCAGCGGGGAAUGGACCUGACCAAGAGAGAGUACAGCAUGCACGGUCACAACACCAUGCUCAAAGACUUCAUCACACACAACGAGGGCAAGCUGAAAAAGCUGCAGGACGACGCCAAGAUCGCACAGGACGCCUUCGACGAGGCGGUCAAAUUCUUCGGCGAGAAUUCCAAAACGACGCCCCCGUCUGUGUUCUUCCCGGUGUUUGUGCGCUUCGUCAAGGCCUACAGGCAAGCGGAGGAGGACAACGAGCAAAAGAAGAGAGCGGAGCAGAUGAUGAUGGAGAAACGUCUGGAGCAGGAGGCCAUGAUGGACCAGGAGGACAAGAAGUCUCCGUCCCAUAAGAACACCAAGGGCAGGAGUCAGCAGCAGGAGGUGAUAGCUGAGCUGAGGAAGAAGCAGGUGAAGGAUACGGGCAGCCGCCACGUCUACGAGGGCAAGGACGGAGCCAUCGAGGACAUCAUCACCGCCCUAAAGAAGAAUAAUAUUACUAAAUUUCCCAAUGUCCACUCAAGGAUCUUCGCAAUCAGCCUUACAGGCGAGCCGACGCGGUGAGGAGGAGCGUCAGGAGACGCUUUGACGACCAGAACUUGCGGCCAGUCAACAACUCUGAAGUCGUAAUUUGACGAGGGAGAAGUGCAUGUGUUAGGGGGGGGAGUGAUGUGGAAAGUGUAGCAGUCUCUCACUCUUAAGGACUGAAGGAAAGAUGAUGGGUCUGACAGGUCAGUUAUAGGGAACCUUAGACAAGCCAAGUGCCUAAAACUUACUUGUGUUCAGUUGUUGUUUUGCCUCCUGUUUGUCUUGUGAUUAUUUUUUUAUUACUUCAAGCAAUACAACUUGAUUCUGGCUUUAAUUGUAUUUUCCUUUGAUAUGUAAAACUGGACACAGACGUCUGUAGCAGGGAUUCCUGAAAGAAGUGUAGAAUGUAACGGGUCACGGUUCCCUUAGCUGUCGAAAGGUAUUCCGCCACAGGGGAUGAAUAUGGUAUUUCAUAGCUAGUAUCUUACUACAUUCCUGGUGCUACUGCCAUCACUCUUAGAAAUUACAAUGUGCUCGAGUGGCACUUUAAAGAACGCAUUAGCUUUUCCAUUGUUACUAAAGGGCUAAUGUACUUUUUAAAGGGGACAUACACAAUAUAUAUAUACAAAAGUAUGUGGAUUUGUCUGUUUCAGCCACAUCCGUUACUGACAGGUAUAUAAAAUCAAGCACACCGCCAUGCAAUUUCCAUAGACAAACAUUGACAGUGGAAUGGCCUUACUGUAGAGCUCAGUGACAGAGGCACCGUCAUAGGAUGCCCCCUUUCCAUCGAGUCAGUUUAGGAGCAACAACAGCUUAGCCGCGAAGUGGUAGACCACGCAAGCUCGAAGAACGGAACUGCCGAGUCCUGAAGGCAAGUUAAUGUAAAUAAGAAUUUGUUCUUAACCGACUUGCCUGGUUAAAUGAAAAUUGUCUGUCCUCAGUUGCAACACUCACGACAGAGUUCCAAACUGCCUCUGGAAGCAACGUCAGCACAAUAACUUUGUCGGGAGCUUCAUGAAAUGGGUUUCCAUGGCCAAGCAGCUGCACAGAACCCUAAGAUCACCAUGCGCAAUGCCAAGUGUCGGCUGGACUGGUAUAAAGCUUGCCGUCAUUGGACUCUGGAGCAGUUGAAACGCGUUCUCUGGAGUGAUGAUUCCAUGACCUCACUAAUACUCGUGGAAAGCCUUCCCAGAAGAGUGGAGGCUGUUUUAGCAGCAAAAGGGGGACCAACUCCAUAUUAACGUACAUGAUUUUGGAAUGAGAUGUUUGACGAGCAGGUGUCCACAUACUUUUGGUUGUGUAGUGUACAUGUCUUACUUUAGUAUAUUAUAAAGCAGUGAUCCAAAACAAAUAUGUUCAAAGAAAGUACUUAAGCGAGUAUGAGGUAGACAUAUGUACACCAAUGUAUGACCACAGAGAAAUCAUAUCAAAGACAAUAUAGCUCAGAGAGGUGUGGCUUUCUCAAGAUGAGACCAGGCUAAUGUGAAUUGUAUAUAGCUAGGCCUCCAUAUUACGGUUAUGACGGUAUUAACAUCUCAUUUAUCAGUGUUAACAUGGUUAGUGGACCAAGCCGUGAAUAGAUAGAACUAUAUAUUCUCCUCAUGUAGACCUCAAGUGCCAUUCACAUGCAAUGCUGUUGGUGGGGGCCCUAGAGCCACAUCGAGCUCUGGUCCAGGUUGUUGUUUGGUCGUACGAUUGUGCGAUCACAGCCAAACUAGACCAGAGCGAGAGACACAAUUGACUCAGAGCGAAUAGGAAAGGUGCUGAAACAAACACUUCUCAGCAGAUAUACUUCCAGUGAAGUGUAGUGGCUGCAAGUAAGGCACUUUAGGCUACUUGAGGAGCUUGUCAUGAAAACUGGAUUCCAAUAUUUUUUUACUCUGAAAACUGCUAUCGGCUAAUGAAUCUCUAGGAAACUCAACUCACUAUUAUAACUUUAAUGUAUAGUAUUUAACCACUGAAAACUGUUCCCAUUCAGUAUCGCUCAUGUGACCCACUUGGACAAUGAGCGGCAGUUGUUUUUGAUAGUGUUUAAGUAUGUUAAAAACAUGUCAGAACAGACGUUUUUGAAAUGUACAGAUAUUUUGAUAAAUGUAUGCAUUCUUUUAUACUUAAUCUACUCAUUACCAUAUAAGGUUAAUAUUGUACAUAUUGUUUAAAACACCAUGUCAUAUACAAUUUCUUAUUUUAACGUAUCUUUUGGUCCAUUUUGUAUUUUUAAUUUAAGACAAACAGAUGUGGCUUCUCUUGAACAUAAUGAUCUAGUGUGUGAAACAGGAUGCCCUGGUGUCACACUUGCCCGACAGUAAAGCGUUAUGAGAUCAGUGUGUGUCGCUAAUGGCACCCUAUUCCCUAUAUAGUGCACUUCUUUUGGCCAGAGCACAAUAGGAACUGGACAAAAGUAGCACUCUAUAGGUAACCCAUUGACAUUCAGAGAAGCUUCCUGUGGUCUUGGGACUGUAAAUGUCCACAUUAUAGCAUGCGCAACAAACCACUCAUCUCUAGAUUUCCUGGAACUUAACCACUCAUCAGCGUCAUAAGACUGGAUAAUAUUGGCAUGUUAUUAACUUCAUGUUUUUUUAGGCAAUAUGUGCUUAUUACAAUACUUGUUAGAUUGAGUUCAAUGGAUAUGAUCAAAUAAACUGUCUACACUGUUUGCAUCUUUA